AAAAAAAAUACUCGGUCUGGCUCUGAUGGCGUCGAGAAGACAAGGAGAAAAGUUGUCGUUGUGACAUGCCGUGACUUAAAUGUAGGAAAGAAAGAAGCUGUCUCUUGAAGAAAGCUACAAUUUGAAGACGCAGCCCUACCUUGUCUAAUAAAAUGACAGAGGUUAGAUGUCAGCCGUGGGGGAAUUUGCCCAGCAAGGUGGAUCUGUGGACGCUCCAGUCAUCUCAAGUGAAAGUGGAAAUCCUUACACUUGGUGCCAUUAUAAGGUCUAUUUAUAGCAAGGGGAAAGAUGGUCAGAUGGACGAUGUAGUCUUGGGAUAUGAUGACCUGGAAGGUUAUGUGUUGGACAAGCGGUACUUUGGAGCUGUCGUGGGCCGUGUAGCAAACAGGAUUGCUCAAGGAUGUUUUGUAGUAGAUGGGAAAACAUACCGAUUAGAAAUAAACAAUGGCCCUAAUGCUCUGCAUGGAGGUUCACGUGGCUUCAAUAAGGCUAUUUGGAUUGCGACCGCAGUUGAAUGUGGUGUGAAAAUGUGUCUUACCAGUCCAGAUGGAGACCAGGGCUAUCCUGGAGAGAUGCAGGUCUCUGUUACCUAUACAUUGCAGGAGGGAACACUGACUGCAGAGUAUCAAGCUCAGUCCACUAAAACAACACCAAUCAACCUCACUAACCACUCCUAUUUCAACCUUGGUGGACAGGCUGCAGAUAAUAUCUAUGACCAUGAAGUGUCCAUCAAUGCUAAUUCAUACUUGCCAGUGGAUGACACAUCUAUACCCACAGGAGAAAUCAAAGCAGUCGAUGGCUCACCCUUUGACCUCAGGCAGCCGGUUCUGAUUGGCCCUCAAUUAAAAAAAGUUCCAGGUUCUGGAUUUGACCACAACUUUUGUCUGUCAUCACCUGGAGACCCAUGGACUGAGAAAACUGCUGCCAGGAUUUACCACCCUGGCAGCGGUCGCAUUCUAGAGGUUUCAACUAGCCAACCAGGAGUCCAGUUCUACACAGCUAAUGUCUUAGAUGGCUCAAUAAUAGGGAAAGGUGGAGUUAAAUAUGGGAAGCACUGCGCCUUCUGUUUGGAGACUCAGAAUUGGCCUGAUGCUGUCAACCAGGCUUCAUUUCCUGACUGCCUUCUCCAUCCUGACGAGGAAUAUCGACAUCUGACUCGAUUCACAUUCACUUAUGCGGAUUGAUUGUGUUGCUGAUGCCCAUUUGAAAAUAUACCACUGCAUACCAAAAAUUGUAUUUGGAUAUCUUAAAGUGGCACUAAAGUUUCUUUUGAAAAUAUUACACUCAACCAUAGAAAUGUAUAAAUUAAAAUACUGCUUUAUUUAUGCUUAAUGGAGCACAUUUUAGAACCAGGCAAUGUUGACCUCCAUAUGGCUUUUCUCAGAGCUUCCCAUAUUAGCGAGUGUGAAGGAAGAACGACCAGGGCAGGUCCUUGCAUCAUAUGUCAUGGUGUGACAUCACACAAUGACCAAUUUCAAAACCUUUCAUUUACAGAACAAUUUAACUUACAAACACGAUUGCAAUCAUAUAAAAACUACACAGGUAGCACACUUAAACCAAUUCACUCUCAUUUCAGCCUAUCUCAUGUAUGCAACAGUUCAGAGUAUUGGAAACUUUUGUGUGUGUGUGUGUGUGUGUGUGUGUGUGUGUGUGUGUGUGUGUGUGUGUGUGUGUGUGUGUGUGUGUGUGUGUGGAGCG